AUUCACCUACUCCAGCUCUAAUGCUGGUGCUUUCGCCGUGCGGUCACACUGGCCAAAAUAAAAAAAUUCCGAUUAAAAAUUUUGCUUACAACUUUAGCAGCAACAAGAACGGGUCUUAGAUGUAGCACAUAAGCAGCAAUUAAGUUUAACACUAAACUAAAAUAAUUCAAUGAUAAUGUAAAUAAGGCGACGCAGCACGACGAAACAUAGAGGAAACGGUAGCGAGAACAACAGGAACCAGCCGCUCAGCAAUACCAAGUGCUGCAUUAAGAACUAAUUCAGGACACUCUCGACUUCAUCCAGAACCUGGGGUUAGAUCACUGCCGCUGCUGCCACUAAUAUGCGUGUAAUUGCGCCGCGUAGAUCGUCAACGUCAGCGGCGGGCAGCGGCAGUCUCUACGGCACAUCGUCGGCCGGCACCAGCGGCAACGCCACCAGCGGUAGCUCCAUCAGCCACCACAUCAGCAGCUCCAGUAGCACCACCACCGGCAGUGGUGGGGUGGACCGCUCCAGCGGAGGCGCCACCACGAACGGUUAUUCCCGCUACUCAAGCAGCUACGAUCGCGGCAGCAGCCUGUCCAAGUGGCUGCCCACCUCGACAGGCGGCUCCAACUCGACGUCGGGCUACGGCAGCAGCUACUAUCCCAGCUCGUACUCGACGUACUCCGCCAGCAGCGGCUCCUCCUCCAGCCCCUCGUAUGCGCCGCGCUCCAGCCUGCAAAGGAGCAGCGUUGGGUCCACCUCGUCGUCGUCGUAUCUGAGCGGCGGUUCCGGUACCAGUUCGUCCGCCUAUCGCACCACCUCUUCGUAUCUGAGCGGCUCCAGCUAUGAUUCACCUACGUACAGCCGAUACGGAUUACCGCGCAAAUCGGCCUCCAAGAUUACAACCAAUGGCGAAAGCUUGAGCGGAUCGGCCAAAAGGGAGGAAUACGGCUUGCGGCGUGCUGGUCAAGAUUCCGCCAAGAAGCCACCGAUCAGCGGAGGAGGAAGUGGUGGCCACAAUAGCAGCGGCGGUAUCAGUGGCAAUAGCACUAGCAAUAGCAGUAGCAGUAGCGAUGCCAACAAGCGGCUGUCCAGUUCAUCCUCAUCCCCAUCGCUGGCCCGUUUGGUGGCCACCUCCGGACUGGACAUGUACGAAAAGUACAGUCCGGCCAACUAUAAACCCAACUGUGAACUGUCACGUUCCAGGUCGGGUCAUUCUGAGGCGGAUCUGGAGAAUGGUGGCAAAAAGGAGACGACGCCCACCUGCACAGUGACCCUGGAGCGGCCACGGAGCAGUAGCAGCCGCUACAGCCGCCUCUACAGCAACAGCAGCGAUGCAGGAGGAGGGGACACCACCUCGUCAUCCACGGGCCGACUGGGUUCUUCCGGCAAGUACUCGAUCAACAGCAGCAGCAGCAGCGGCGAUGUGCCCACGGCCACCUUUACACUCCGCAGCAAUCGCACGCGCCGCGGCCAGUUGGAGGAGGCACCCACCAAGAUCACGCAGGCAGAAACGGCUGCGGCUCCACCACCAACACCACCAGCACCGCCACCACCACCACCACCACCACCACCACCACCUCCUCCAACUCCGUCUGCAUCUGCAUCCACAAACGGCUAUAAAACAGGAGGGGAAUCGAAUGGCGGCGGACUGGAGGCCAAACUGAAUGGUCUAUCGCUGCUCUCGUCGGCCUCGGCCAAAAGAAAUGCCAUUUACGAACGAAAUCAGGACACCACCGAUGAUGCAGGUCUCGUUGGCCAGGACAAUAAUGCGGACAAUGCCGAUGUGAGCACCUCGGCCACGUUUAAGCUUAACGACGGCAGCAAGCGUCGAAUGAUGUUAGACAUUAAGAAGACCAGAGGAUUCCAUAAGAUUCCACAAACGUCAAAAUUGCAGCCAGCAACCGGUGGAGCAUCAGUAGUAGCAGCAGCAGCAGCAGCAUCAGCAGCAUCAGCAGCAGCAAACUCCACAGAAGUGCCAUUAGCAGGAGGAUCAGCUUCAGGAGCAGGCGUAACAUCAUCAUUGUCGGGUCGGGGAACCGCCGGCAGUCUAGCCACUCGCCUAAGAAACCCAGUGCAGGGCAAGCACACAACAGUUCCUGGGACCUCGGUGGCUGUGGGCAAGACUCACGCCGCCCUGGCGGCAUCCAAAUACGGCGGAGGCGGCGGAGUAGCAACACAGGUCCGCUCCACGCCGGCGGCGGCAGCAUCAGCAUCGCCAACGACAAGCAAUCAACCCAGCAGCAAUCCGGUGCGGGCGGCCAAUCAGCGAUAUUUCCUAGUGUCCAGCUACAAGGAUCCCACAUUCCUGAAGGCCGAAUGCGAGUUGGCCCAUGCCCAGGUGACAGCCACCAAAGGGAAGAGCACGUCGCAGGCUCACAGGCGGAGUCGGGCAGGUGAGGAUUCGAGGAACAACAACAGCCACAACAACCACAACAACCACAACAACCACAACAGCCACAACAACGGUAGCCGGACAUCAACGCUGGUUGAUAUGCGACGCACGCCCAUGUUCAAUGGCAAUCAGCAACAGCAAGCAACCGCCACCAACAGCACCACCAUCAACAACACCACCAGCAACACCAGCAACGGAGUGCCCAAAUACAGUGCCCGCUCCACGACAGCAACUGCAACUGCAAGUGCAACUGCAACUUCCACGUCUACCAGGAGCUACGGCAAGCUGAAGCCGCUCAACAACAACCAAUCGACCGGUGGAGCAGCUAUGAUGAAUGGCCAUACCACCACCAACAACAAUAACAACAGCAGCAGCAGCAGUAGUAAAAACCACAACAACGGCGGCAACAACAACAUGCAACGUCAGCAACAACAACAACAACAACAACAGCAGCAGCAACACGAUGAUAUUAGCUACAUAGACAGCGAUGAGCCGUCCUUGGCCACUGGUGGCCCAGUUGCAGGCGGCGGACAAGGAGGAGCAGGAGGAGGAGGAGCUACCAAGGCGAGCAUAUGCUACUUCAAGCCCAUCACGCCGCAGCUUCCGCUGCGCCACCAGCAGCACCAGGAGCCACAGCAGCAUCAACCUGGCAACUCGAAGCCAGCCAGCCAUCGCUAUCCGCGGCCCAAGUCCACCAUUAUUUCCUCCGCCCACUCGAAUUUCGCGGCCAGCUACGAGAAGUUUAGUGGCGGAUAUAGGCAGACGAAUGGCGAGGUGAAUCAUCCCCCUGAGAGCAGAAACAGCGGCAGCAAUGCCCGCCGAUAUGGCAUUGAUUCCUUGAGCAUCAAGGCCUCCAUUGAGAAGUUCAACAACCUGAGUGGACAGAAGAGGCAAACUCCGAGCUCUGGGACGGCGGGAAUGGGUGGACCCGGCAGUGUUACAGGGACAACCGGUUCGGGAUCAGGAUCGGGAAUCGGAACCGGAGUCGGUGUCGGCACUAGUCGCAGCCAGCAUGCUUCGCAGGCGGGCGGAAGCAGUGGCAAUCUGCAGCAGCGCUACAGCAGCGACCUGGACAACAUUCGAGUGGCGGCGGGCUAUAGUAGUUCCCUGACCCGAGUGGCCUAUAGAACUACAGCCACAAUGAGCAGUGUUGGCACGGCGGUGGCGGCAACAUCCGGAUUUGGGGGAACCGCCACGGCAGCGGUUUCGCCCAUAAACAAGGUGUCGUCGGUGAGAGGUGCCCACAGCAGCGCACGGCAGCCAAACGAAUGCGAGAGCCUGGCCAAGGCCACCACCAAGGUAAACAACGAUGCAGCAACACCUCAUGUUGCCAGUGCAACACCAGCAACACCAGCCACGUCUUCCGUCUCCACAGCCACAGCCACCGCGACAGCCACAGCCACAGUCACAGCCACAGUCACCGCGACAGCCACAGCCACAGUCACAGCCUCAAGCUCCGCCAGUGAUAGUACGACAGCGAGAAGCGGCGCUGGGAGCAGCGGCAGUGCCCGAAGCGUCCUGCCGCCCAUGACGCCCACGUCGAGUCGCUACUGGGAUCGGGAUCGGGACAGCGGCACCAGCCGCAACAGCGUCAGCACCUCCUCCACCCUCAACUCAUCAUCCCUGAAGCACAACUCGGAUGAUGGCUACAAGAGCGCCUCCUCGUCGCGGGAUGAAAAAUCCGAAGGUCUGUGCGGUCUGCGAAACAUCGGGAACACUUGCUUCAUGAACUCGGUCAUCCAGUGCCUGAGCCAUACCCAAGAGCUGACCCGCUUCCUGCGCUCGCACCAUGGCUCUCGCACAUCCUCCACUAAGGAUCAGCAGAUACUCCACGAAUUUGCCAAACUCAUCCAGGAGAUGUGGACCUCGAAUGUGCACACGGUGACGCCCAUGGAACUGAAGCGUGCCUUCUCCACCAAGCACCGCAUGUACAGCGACUAUAACCAACAGGAUGCGCAGGAGUUCCUGCGCUUCUUUCUUGACUCGCUGCACUCGGCCCUCAAUUCGGGCGUCAAGGGUGAGACGCUCAACAUUGACGAUAAUCUGAGUGACAAUAAAAAGGCGGACCUCACCUGGGAGUGGUAUACGCGGCACGAGAACUCGCUGGUGCGCGACCUCUUUGUGGGUCAGCUUAAGAGCACAUUGAAGUGCACCACCUGCGGCAACACCAGCGUCACCUUCGAUCCGUUCUGGGAUCUGAGCGUACCGCUGCCAUCCUCAUCGCGCUGCAAGCUGGAGGCCUGUCUCGACCUCUUUAUCCGGGAGGAGGUCCUCGACGGCGACGAGAUGCCCACGUGCGCCAAGUGCAAAACGCGGCGGAAAUGCACCAAGAGCUUCACCAUUCAACGUUUCCCCAAAUAUCUGGUUAUACACCUAAAACGCUUUUCGGAGACGCGCUGGAGCAAGCUGUCGAAUAUCGUUGAGUUCCCCACAUCGGACAGCGAGCUCAACAUGGGCUCCUAUGGGGCCAACUCCAACUCGAAUGUGCAUUACUCGCUCUAUGCGAUAUCCAAUCAUAUGGGCUCAACGGCUGGCGGACACUAUGUGGCCCUCUGCAAGCAUCCCGCCUCCCGCAAGUGGCACGAGUUCAAUGAUAAUAUCGUCAGCGAUGCCUUGUCCGAAAACCAUCUCGUUUCAUCCAGUGCCUAUAUACUUUUCUACGAGCGUGCGUAAGGCCCAAUCCGUGCUGUACGGCAACCGUCAAGUGUUAGAGUUAGUUUUGAUUUGCUUUUAAGUAAUAAAAGUGGUAAAUUGGUUCACAUGCAAUUUAACGACGUGUUUCUAAGAGUUUGUUUAUUGGUUGAUCUCGUUCUUAUCCCGCUACCAUGAAUGAGCAGAACAACCAACAAACGAACUCUUAAAAACGCUUCAUGGAGUUGGAUACUACCAACAAAUGUACUUAUUGCAACUUCACUUAAGAGCAAAACAAUACUUACUCUUAACUCAAAGCAGAAACCAAAACAAAAAUGGAGCAAAAGUGCAUACAAAACGAGGAUGAAUGUAUAUAAAAAACGAACUUCGAUUCGAUGGCUGAACAAAACAAGAGAAAGAAAAUGAAAAGAAAAUGAUAUGAAAUGAAAGAGAAAAAGAAAAUGAAAAAGAAACUCCGACGAAAACAAUGAAUCUGUGCAAUAACAAUUUUCGGCAAACCAAAAAACCUCAAGCCCCAGGAUUAAAACAAGAGAUACUAAUACUAACUAGUGACAGGAUAUUCUUUUGUAAGGAUAAACAAUGCAAUCAGCGGCAGCAGAGAUAUAAUGUUUCAAUAUUUCUCUCUUUUUAAGUGUUAUUUAUUAAAACCUAAUUUUCAAUUUGCAUCGCCCCACUCAACCUGUCUCUUUUUUCGCCUGUCGCUCCAUCUCUUUCUCUCUCUCUCUAACUCACGCUAUUGGUUUGCCGAAGGAUAGUGUCCUCUGGUUGUGUGUAAAGAAAAAAACAAACAAACAAAAACGAAACGAAACGUGGAAAGAGAAAACUAAUUAUAUAUUUCAAAUUCGUAUUUCUUGUGCAAUAUAUUUCAUAAAAAAAUAUUAAGAAAAAACAACUGCAAUAAAUACUUAACUAAAAACGAUUAAAACCAAAAAAAAAAAAAAAAAAACGCAAUCGCACUACAAAAACCACACUAGCUAAGAGAAACGGCUUUUUAGCAACUAAAAAAAAAAAAAAAGAAUGUAAUAUUAAUUAAUUGAUAAAUGAGCUACAAAUUUAAUGAACGGGGGAUGCGAAGUGAAGCUGAAAUCUGCAUUGUGAAAACGUACUUAUGAUAAAUGCUAGUAGUAAAAUUUAAAACUUAAAAACGAAGAAACGAUUCAGCAACAACACCAAAAAACCAUUGUUAUCCUUUAGCCAAGACACCAAUCAACCAACAGAACCAUCCAGUCCAGAAAAUAAAGGGAAAUUCCCCAGAUGAGACACCAACCAACACAGUUUUGGGAAUUUCCCCAGGGCAUAAAAGACCGUUACGAAGUUCGUUUAAAAUUUAUACAAUUUUUUGUGUUUUUUGUUUGGUUUGCGAAAAGCCAACAAAACUAGUCUCAAAAAAAAAAAAAGAUGAAGAGUUAUGUAUGAGAGCUACUUAACAAAACACUGUUUUUAUUUGUUUGAUUUUGUGCGUAAUUUGUAGUUUAAGUCGAGCGUUUUUCCACCACCCUCAGCAAUCCAACUUAUUCUUGCUAAAUAUAUUUUUGUUGCCUACUUUGUUUUUAUACCUACAUAUAUAAUAUAUUUUAUGUAAUUUAUUUAUUUAUUGUAUUUAUGUAAAUGCUAUAUAAACAUACACAGACACCCCCACACAAAAACUUACACUCAGCGAAACACGAUGUGUACAUAAUGUAACUUGUUUCCGGCAGAUUCAAAAA